AUGACUUCGAACACGGGCCAAGAUACUGAAUAUUUAGAACCACAAUAUGUAAUCGAAGAGGAAGAUUUGCCGACGCCGCCGCUGUUGGAGGUAGAGAACGAGGAAUAUGUCGCUGAUAACCUCAACGACGAGAAUAACGACAAUCGGCUGAUACAAAAUGGACAUAACAUAAUACUAAAUGGCAAUAUCAAUAACGAUGAUGGCUCCGGGCGCGGGUCAGAGCCAGAAUCAGAAGAGAAAGAGAAACCAAUAUCAUGGAGCCAACUCCCCAAAAAGAGUCAACUACUUAUCCUCGUCCUGGCCCGAUUAUCAGAACCUCUAACUCAGACCUCACUUCAGGCCUAUCUUUUCUACCAACUCAAAUCAUUCGACUCCUCACUUCCGGACUCAGCCAUCUCUCGACAAGCCGGUAUCUUCCAAGGCAGUUUCACAGCCGCACAGUUCCUGACUUCUGUAUGGUGGGGGAGAGCAGCUGAUUCGCACCGGGUCGGCAGGAAACGAGUUUUACUUGUGGGUUUGUUUGGGACGCUGAUAUCAUGCGUCGGGUUCGGGUUUUCGAGGUCUUUUACGGCGGCAAUUAUAUUUCGGAUUUUGGGUGGGUUGAUGAAUAGUAAUGUUGGGGUUAUGAGGACGAUGAUUUCGGAGAUUAUUGUUGAGAAGAAAUUCCAAUCCCGCGCGUUCCUGUUGUUGCCAAUGUGCUUCAAUGUUGGUGUGAUUAUAGGACCUAGUCUAGGUGGGUUUCUGGCAGAGCCUGUCACCAGUUUCCCCGGCCUUUUUGGACCGGGUUCUUUGCUUGGUGGUAAAGAUGGGAUAUGGUGGAUGCGGCAUUGGCCUUAUGCGCUUCCGAAUCUUGUCAGCGCGGUCUUCAUUAUUUCGGCAUGGGCUGGGAUUUUCUUUGGCUUAGAGGAGACUCACGAAGUACUCAGACAUCGACCAGACUGGGGCCGGGCCAUGGGCAGCACAAUAGCCAAAAGAUUCAGACGCAACCAGGGAUACAGAUAUCGUCGACUAGACGACGAUGAAAGAUCCGUCUUUCUCGAAGAUGAUGACGAAGCAGUUCCUCCCAAUGCAACAACAAUGCGGCACCCCGAACCUCUGCCUAUAGCACACAAAAGGUCCACCUGGAAACAACUCCUCACCCGAAACGUUGUCCUAACGGUCCUCACCCACUCCCUCCUAGCAAUGCACACCAGCGCGUUCAACGCGAUGACUUUCGUCUUCUUACCAACUCCCCGCGCCCCAGAGGACAGUCGCAGAGGCUUCUUCCACUUCAACGGCGGCCUUGGCUUAACGACCCAACAAGUCGGUAUCGCUACUUCAGUCAUUGGCCUUAUCGGUUUACCGCUACAACUGUUUGUCUAUCCACGUGUUCAAUUCCGGCUCGGCACUUUGAGAUCCCUGCGCAGUUUCUUGCCUUUAUCUCCAUUGGCAUAUACCCUCAUGCCAUUUUUGGUCCUCAUUCCGAGAGGCGCUCAAUACCUGAUUUGGCCUUCAUUCAGUUUUGUGGUGGCAUUGCAAGUUCUUUCGAGGACAUUUGUGCUUCCCGCGGCGAUUAUCCUGGUUAACAACUCCGUCUCUGAUCCAUCCGUUCUUGGGACUAUUCAUGGCGUGGCACAGAGUAUUUCCAGUGGUUCUCGGACUCUUGGGCCAUUCCUUGGUGGAUUGGGACUGAGUUUGGGAUUGUCGCAUAAUAUUAUUGGUGCUGUCUGGUGGGCAUUGGCGGUGGAAGCGUUGUUGGGUUGGCUUGUUAGCUGGUCGAUAUUCGAAGGUGAGGGAAUUCAGAGGAAGAUUAUUCAAGAGGAAGCUUUAUUGAACUCGGAGAGUGAGGAGGAAAGACGAUAG